GGAUGACAUCAAGUAUCCGGUUUUCCUAAAUGAGUGAAAGAUAACAAUAUGAGAAUCAACUUACUAUUCGAUAAUUGCCGUAAAACAUGGCCCAAAGAUUUGUGCGCGUUUGCAAAUGUUUGCGGUUACAUAAGCUGCACAAUUUGGUUUGUUGUUUUGGUGCCACAAAUAUGGAAGAACCGGAAGCGUCGAUCUGUGGAAGGACUUAGCAUUCUUUGGGCCACUGCGAACUUCACAGCCUCGCUAGCAAACUGUUUCUUCGCUUUUUCUGCUGUACUGCCUGUGUAUAUCAGAAUAUCAGCGGUAUAUAUGCCCAUUUUAGAGUUUUCCAUACUACUACAGUUUUGGUUCUACUCCAAGCACACUAUGCGAAUGAGAUUAUCCUACGGCGCUUGUUGUUUUCUGAUCUGGAUUGCAGUGAUCAGUUUAGAACUUUCCGUUUCCGAUGCCGAAAGAAAUGUCCAGUGGUUGGCAAUUGUUCUUUGGUCUAUUGAGUCAUUUCCGCAGGUGAGCAGCUCAAUAUAACUAAUUAAUUUGAUCUGAGACAGUACUGAUUUAAAAUAACCCACACGCGAACUAAUUCGUGAUAUGUUACUCUUCGUCCAUUAUGAAAAAUUUAGGCCUAGUUUCCUAAUCUCGUCAUAUUUUUUCAAUACCAGACUACCCCUCACUCUUUCUUUGCUACACACUCUGAAUCUAAGAUAAUAUGCAGGACCAAUCUGUGCGAUAUAACUCCUUUAUGGGUCCUUCACUCAUUUCCAAGGAGAGAUGAGCUAAGUGUUGAUUCACUACAAGUAUCUUUCCAAAUCAGUGAUAGGGUAUGUUGCCUAAAUCAUAGCAACAUUCAGCCUCUCAUUGGAGGAUUUAUAACUGAAUGGCAUGGUAUUGACCUGUGGGGCAUUUAAAAACCUAUUGUGGAGUAAGGGGGGGGGAUGUAGGUUUCUUAAGAAACUGUGGCGCUGCAUUGGUGGGAGAGUAUAACAGGGUAAUUUAGUAUUAUCAAAUGAGUUGAUAAUGUAAAUUGGCCUCCAUUAAGAGUUGAAAAGCUAAUGUUACAAGUGUUAGCUGUUUGCCAUUUGCUCUGAUGAAGUGGAGCAAACUUUUUUUAUUUGAUUCUGUGUAACUAACCAACUAACCUGUAUUUGUAUAUGUAACUGACUUCCCUUAUUAGAAUGUGGUUGCACAGAUAGCCUGCAAUGCAGGUAUCUUAUCAGGGAAAGUUGAAGUUACCAGCUCACAAUCAUUUAUCCGACCCACCAAGUUUGAUUUGGAGUUAGAGUGGAUAGCAGGGGGAGGGGCAUGGGAGAGGCAAUAAUAUUUAUUACCCCAUCCCUACCCUCUCCUUCAUUUUGACCGUCACUCACCCCCUUGGUACAAGUUUCUUUCUCUACCCAGCCUUCCACUGCAGUUAAAAUAAAAGAUGGUAGCGAUAAUUUCCACUAAAAAACUGAUGAAUCUAAUGGAUUACAAAUGUGUACAAGUGAUAUCAGGAAAAGAAAUUAGCAUCAAGUGUUUGUCAGGUUGUGGUUACCUUGUGAUUACUGUAUCCCUGAACUCCCAGAAGUGAUUAAUUUGUAACCUCUCCCUAUAAUAUCCACACAUUAUCCAGCAAACAGGGUAUGAGAUACUCAAAAUUAUCAAGUAUGUAGAAUUUGUUAUCUUGAACUUACACCAAAUUCUCAUAACUUAGUGACAAGAAAAAGUGUGCCAGCUAGAGGGAGGAAUUAAUAAUCAGGGUUCAGUUUUUCAUAGGGCAAAUGACACUAUCCAAGGGAUAAAUUGCUAUCCAGCAGAUAACUGUAAAAAAAAAAACAACAACACUGUGGUAACAAUGCUAGUUGUCUGUCCAAAAACAAUAGUUGGUUACCUGUGGCACCCAUGCUCAGCUGUUGCAUAGCCCUGCUGUAGGUGCAUCUGAACACAAGCAGUUCGCUUCACUUCACUGUCUCUUGCACUCCAUGUAAUUCUGUUCUAUCCCAAAUGAGGACAACUAAUUAAGUCUAUUCACACCAUAGUUUCAUUUUUGCUAGGUUCUCUUGACAAACCACAUCUUGCCAUCCAUUUCUGAUGAACCCAGGCACUGUGACAUAUGGCAUGCAACAUUGUGUUUCUCUCCAUAAAUGUCCCAUGUUAGUCAGAAGUGGGAAGCAAUUCUAAGAGAAUAUCCAGUGUGCAGUGAAUAAUGUUUGAUCUGUUGCAGAAAUCAAAGCACAAUUUUUAUAGCUCUUAAUAUUACAGUCCCAGCUAAUUACCAGCAGUUGUUAAGGAAAUGCAAUGGAGGAUUGGAGAGGAGAUGCAAAAUAAAGACAGAAAUCAACCCUGAAUAUCAUUAGCAGUGAAUACAUAAUCUGGUUUUUAUUCUGGUCUCUACAACACACCUCCCACUCCACAGCAUUGCAGAUUCAAACCAACUCCCACUCUUAAGCCCUUUCCUGCAUGAGGGAAAUGCUAAAUUUUUCUAAAAUGAGAAUGGUGAACUACAAGACCAUGUAUAAUAUAUCACUUUAUAGGUAUUUUUUGGGGAAUGCUGAUGGACACCAACAGGUGUGGAGGUGGUAAUUGAAAUAACUGAGAAGUUUCCAAAGUGAAAAUUGAAAAUCGUUGAAAUUUUUUGUUUGACUCAUACAUAUACCACUAAACUAUAGCCUAAAUUGCAGCUCUCAGAGCAUUGAUUGUGGUGAGAUAUCACCUGAACCAGAACAGUACAAAGACAAAAAGUUCCAAAAGUUGCAGAAGUGGUGAACGAAGUCUUGUAUUGGAUGGGGCUAUGAUUUUAUGCCUUCAAUGUGCAGAUCUUUCCAUGACCUUUUAGUUUAAUGUGGAAAUUUUAGAAAAAAAUGAAUAGAUAUUGAGCAUGUAAUGGCAUCCUAUGCCAUAUGGCACUCUUGGGCUGGAAAGGGUUAGUACCUUUAUGCAUGGAGUGGUAACGGGUGCCGGGGGGGGGGGUCUGAAGGAGGAAGGGGGGGUAGGGUGGGGUCUGAAGGUCUGAAGGAGGAAGGGGGUAGGGUGGGGUCUGCAGAAGGAAGGGGUAGAUACAUACUUUACAAUUUCAUAAUUUCUGAAAUGAUAUUUAUUUUUUAAUUCCAGAUUUAUUUGAAUAUGCGUCUUCGCUCAACAGAUGGUCAGUCCACACUCUCUGUUGUAAUUACGCUUGUUGGUAAAACAUUGGAUUUCUUGCCAAAUUACCUUCUGCUUUUGCCAGCACAAUACGUUGUCAUGACCUAUUUUUCAUGUACCAUGGCUUUUAUCAAUGGAAUACAGGUAAUUUUCUAUAAAUGAAAAGGCAUGUCUUACAGAAAAACGUAAGAUAAGUGAAUCACUUAAGAAAAAAAAUCUAAUAAACUGAAAAAAAAGUAGGGUUGGGAAAACAAAAACUUGAAACUUUGCGAAUACAAAGCUUAUUCAAGCAAGGUUAUCUUGCUGAUUUGCCAUUCUGUUUUGAGCUUUACCAUAAAGUUUCUACGCUUUUAAAACAUUGUGACAUACUGACUUGGGUGGUUGUUUUUAAUUCGUAUGAGACAACUUGAUUCUGGAAGAUGUUUGACCGCUGUGCUCCUCACGAGACACUCUUCUGUAGAGCUAAAAGAAAACAACCGCAGUUUACGUAACGUCAAUCUUCUUUCUUUUUCUUUUUUUUUUUUUCGGAAAAAUAGGUUAUCUGGUACCCCAAGCUGCAACCGAAAAAAAGUGCUGUCAUGAACACAACAUACGGCAGCUUCAGAAGUCCGGACGAGGAUGCCCUGGAAGCAAAUGACUGCGAACAAGUUCCUCUGAUGGCUGACGAGGAAAGCUCAGUGGAAGAUGUCGACAGAGGAUCUGUAGAAGAAAUGGCCUCCAUUUGCACAUUUGUUGUACCGAAUUUCGAAUUUCGUGCAAGGUUGCACGAUAUUCCGCUCUAUCAGCGGGGUUUUAUAUUUCUUCUUAUGCUGGCUCUGGUGGUUUUCAGCGUGUGCAUUUGCGUGAACACGGAGUCUGCGCUGGGAAUUUUCGCGCCAAUUUCGGUCGCAGUUUUUCUUUUUGGUGCGUUUUUGUAUCGAAAUUACCGCGAGGGCCGGUUGCAGUUCGCCAACUCUGUCUUAUCUGUGGGUGGAUAGCUGCUGCGCUGAUAAACCUAACACGUGAUGAUGAAUGAAGAACACUCUACUUAAUGUCCAUUCAAAGAAACUUAAAGAAGGACAGUCGCCUUUGUUGAUAGGAAUGGUUGAAGGGGAAAUCCUGCACCCGAGCCUUCUUUAUUUGUUUUGAUUGAAAAUGAGCAUUACAUUUUGAUAAGAGUUGAAAAAUGGGCUACGAGACUCGCAUUGUAACAAUUUCAAAAUACUGCUCUGAAAGUUUCAAAACACGUGUUUUCGAUUUGCUUUGCAUUGUCUAAGGUGUCAUUGUACAAUUAAUUUUAAUGGUCAGUUUUUAAGGAUGGACAUUUUAGAGGCAGUUGAAUCCAUCAGAAUGUCUUCAGUCUUCUGUAUUUCACUGCUCAUUUCUUGCAGACGCUACAAAUUCUCUUGAACCGUGUGCACUUGCGCAGUAAGCUUUUCGAGAGCGUUCUGAAUCUCUGCAAGUUCCUUAUUGAUGAGCGGUGAACUAUUGGUUUUGUUACCCCCUGAUAAAUCAAAACAAAGAUUGAACUUUAAUCGAUCUUCAUGAUAUAAUUUCAAUUUAAGUCGUGGCGGAAAAAUAAGUUUGAAACAAUUGAAACAAUACGUGCCUGCGAAAAGUUAGAGGGAGUUAUUUUGAUAACAGUAAUAAUAAAGGUUAUAAUAGUGAUGAUAAUAAUAAUAACGAUA